AUGGGCGCUUUCAACAACGGGAACAUCCAUGAGGGUGAAUAUGUGCUGAUUCCCAUGCGAACAACUUUGCCCAUAAAUGCCACUGCUAGUUCUACGUCCCUGAUACCCACUCCGGUUAGACACCAGCUGCCUCGUCCAGGUCGCCAGGAACACAUCGAAACUUGCUCAAACCCACGAAACUGCAGCUUUGCUUAUCCAGAUUCUUCCAAAGAAAGUGAGGAUGGUGUUUCCCUUGAAGAAGUGUUACCUUUGGUCCACAAAUGGACACACACUCAUUCCAUCCUCAGCGUGACUCCUGCUCCAAAGAAAGAGUUGAUCUUUUGUGGAACGCAAGACUCUAAUAUCAUGGUGUUUGACUUGAAGAGCUAUAACUUGAAGCAUGUGAUCAAUUGCGGUAAAAAUCAUUUUGCCACUUCAGUGCUUUGUUUGACAAUCAGCGAAGAUGAGCGGUUUCUAUUCAGUGCUGGGUCGGACUCAUUAGUAAAAGUGUGGGACUUGUUUCCCUUUGAUGACAUUGAUGCAACAGAAUACUCAAUUCCCUGUACUCAUAUUGUCUACUCCUCCAUGGAUAUUGGUGAUAUCUUCUCCAUUUACUGGUCCGAGAAGCUACUGGCCCUAUUCAUCGGCUCUCAAAAUGCUUCUAUCAUGUGGUGCCACUUGCCUUUGGGCAGAGACGUGGACAUCAAAAUUGCCCGGUCGAUUGAGCGUCUUCCGCAUUUCAGGUACGAUAAGUUCUUUGACUCUAAAGGUCCGGGUGGUUUCAUUAACAAGACUCAGUCUGCCCAUCAAAUGCUUAAGAACAGUCUGAACUCAGAGGUGAAUCCUUGUCUCGUCGAAAUUCCUAUAACUGAUAUGAUCCGCUUCGCUCAUAACGGCUAUGUUUACUGUAUGGAUUUUUUAACUGAAGCAAAUGCUGCUGCGUUUUGCGAUCUACAUCAGUCCCAGUACGAUAGCUUCUUAGCCAGCUGUGGCGGUGAUGGCUAUAUCAAAAUAUGGGGCGUAACAGCAUCAAUUGAUGGCUCCAUCUCGCUCUCCUUAAUCAACAAACUCGAUAACGACGAGUCAAUUCUCUCGAUGCAUGUCAUCGACUCGACUAUAUGUGUUGGGCUAGGCGACUCUACAGUCAAUGCAUGGGAUUUGACUACAUGUCAACUUACUCGUUCUUUCAAAUUUAUUUCACCCCAAUCCAGAGCUGAUGAAGUUCUUUCGUUGUGCUUUCACAAUGGGUAUAUCUAUAAAGCCACCAACUUAGGUGGACUCUGCAAGUUUCCUCUUAGAAUGGACAUACACUGCGAUGGAGCAGAUGGGGAUGAGAAAACGAAAACACAUCCCAUCAGAAGUGCUGUGGACCUCAACUCCUUAACUCAAGACCCAUGGAAUCUUGAAGAGGGUUUGGUGUUCUCUGUUCAGAAAUUCAGAUACAGAGGCUCAACAUAUCUAUUAUCAGGUGGACUUGGUUCCCUCUGUCUCUGGAACUUAAGUGUUAUUGAUGAUUCAGUACCUACAUCGGCCAAUGACACGGGUAACAUUCUCAAGCUUUCUAGCGAAGCCGAUAUCUCCAACGAGCAUAUGCUACAGUCAUUAAGAAGAAUCAUAUCCUACAAGACCAUCUCAAAGCAUCCUGGCACAUAUCUUGAAGAUUCCAGAAGAUGUGCACAAUUUUUGGUUAAACUUCUCCGUUUGCUAGGAGCCACUAAAGCAAACCUACUUCCCGUACCGAAUUGUAACCCGGUGGUGUUGGGAAAAUUCGAAAAGAAUGACAAAAGAAACACGAAAUCUGAGACUAAGACUCUCCUUUGGUAUGGCCACUACGAUGUCGUAGAGGCUACCGCUGAUAAAGAAUGUUGGUCCACAGAUCCCUUUGAGCUAGUUGCUAAGGAUGGAAAUUUGUACGCAAGAGGUGUGUCUGAUAAUAAAGGACCAACUUUAGCAGCCUUCUACGCUGUGCUGGACCUUCAUAUGAAAGAAGAGCUUCCAAUAAAUGUAGUCUUCAUAAUUGAAGGCGAAGAAGAAUGUGGAUCAAUCGGCUUCCAACAGGUCAUCAACGAACACAAACCCAUCAUCGGUCCGGUAGACUUUAUCUUGUUGUCCAAUUCUUAUUGGUUAGGGGACGAUGUACCAUGUCUCAAUUAUGGCUUGAGAGGAGUUCUCAAUGCAUCCCUAAGCGUCACCUCAGACAAGCCAGACAGACACUCUGGAGUGGAUGGCGGUGUUUCCAAGGAACCCACUAUGGACUUGAUUCAAAUUCUCGGUCAACUCAUCUGCUCCAACCUGAACAGAAUUAAGAUACCCGGCUUUUACGAUGAUGUCUUGCCAAUUGAUGAGACUGAGUUAAAGCUUUAUGAGAGAAUAAAAGAAGUCUCUCUCUCACUCGGUGUCACGAACACCGAUCUUGAUACUUUAUUGGCAAAGUGGAGAAACCCUUCAUUGACAAUUCACAGGCUAGAUGUAUCAGGGCCAAAAAACAAUACAGUCAUUUCACAGAGAGCACAAGCUUCCGUAUCUAUUCGAGUUGUUCCCAAUCAAGACCUUCGAAAAAUAAAGCAGGCCUUUACUUCUUACAUGCAAGCAACCUUUGACUCUCUUAAAUCAGAAAACGAACUCAAAAUCGAUAUUUUCCACGAGGCCGAGCCUUGGUUAGGUGAUCCAAACAACUUGGUUUUCAAAAUACUAUAUGAUAAUAUUAAAAAGCACUGGGGCCCAUCAUACCCUGAUCCUUUAUUCAUCAGAGAGGGCGGCUCGAUUCCUUCCAUACGUUUCUUGGAGAAGGCUUUCGAUGCACCAGCUGCACAAAUACCUUGCGGUCAAGCCAGUGAUAAUGCCCACCUCAAGGAUGAGAAGCUUCGUAUAAUUAAUCUAUUCAAGUUGAGGGCCAUCUUGACUGACACUUUUAAGGAACUAGGUGUAAGUCCUACAGCAUAG